GCGUUUUCCACGCGUCGCCGGCCGGCCCCCUCGCGCCUACAGCCGGGAAAUCGCGCUCCUCUCGCUCAGUCCGGCUCAGCCGUCGCGCUACGACGACGUUUACUACACGCGCGCACCGCGAAUAACGCACGAAACGCACGCGGCGAAAAUAGUGAGCUCGUGGCCGGGAGGCGAACACUGUACAGUGCGGCGAUGUUGCCAGCGCUGCUUCUGGUUACGCUGGCGGCGCUGGGACCUGUGGCAGCCCGCCGGCAUGCUCCUACCCUCCGCGAGGACGAACCCGCUAGGCGUACCACGCGUCCCGCCGAAUGUCAAUUCGACAAACAGGCAAAGGAAUUGGGAUCCACAUGGUUUGCGGACCUGGGACCACCUUUCGGCGUAAUGUACUGCUUCAAAUGUGAGUGUUUACCGGUGCAAAAGAAAAGACGAGUGGUUGCGAAAGUGCGAUGUCGGAAUAUAAAGAACGAGUGCCCUGAGCCAACGUGCGACACACCGGUGUUGCUCCCGGGAAGAUGUUGCAAAACCUGCCCAGGGGAUGUAAACUCACCCGAUAUAAUUCAAGAGGACAGCCCAAGUGUAAUAAUCGCUACAGACGAAGAGGAACUAAGCAUGAAACAUUUUGGUGCUCUUCUUACUGGACGAUCCUCUUUGUGCAUCAGACGAGAUGAUAUGACUGGUGUACCAGUAGCUGCUGGUGUAGCCACUGCCAGAUUCAACUUUCGCCGCCGCCAUCUCUACUGGUCCGUAAUCUUAGGACCAUCGAUGAGUGUACAACCAAGGGCGUUAUUAUUUUUAGACAGAGGAGGAAGACUUCUCCUAGAACAUCCACUGAAAAAAGCUCCUGGUAUACACGCUACUUACGAAGAUAAAACCGAUAAAUUAUGCGGUGUCUGGCGCCGCGUGCCACGAGAAUAUAAACGCUUGUUAAGAGAAGGAUCUUUGUAUGUUGCUUUAGUGUGGGGAGACGAAAAUAAUAACACUAUGGAUAGCGCUUUAAGCGGCCGCAUAAAUAGAUAUCCCGCAUUAUCAUCAGAAAUGUUUACGUCACUUCUUGAGCCUGAACAUCCUCCAGCCGUUAUAGGGAGCGGACCUUGCGACGAUUAUAGAGGCAUCGGUCAAGAUGAAGGUUGGUGGGGUGGUACAGCAGUGGUCACUGGAGUAGCUGGUGCUGCGCCAAGUCUUCACCUUGCGCUUUUAUAUAAUGGAGUGUUUGGUUCGGCUCCUCAUGACCAAGCUGUCAGAGUAUUAUUAACGUUACCGGAUAAAAAUCAAACUAUUAUUGAUGAUAUUCAAACAGUUUCAAAACCCAGCUACGAAAUUAACGUCUUAGAAGUUUCUACACCAGUAUCAUCUGCAGAAUUGAGAUCUUUGGCUAGAGGUCGAUUGCUUCUUACAGUCGAAUCGAUAGUGAGUCCAGACCGGAAAAUAACGGGUAGUGUCCGCCAAAGAGCCGCAUGCGAAGUUUUCCAUGCCUCCUUAAUUGCAGAACGGCCCCCUGCAUCUCCUGCUCCAGAGGGCCUUGCUUUAAUUUAUAUUGACAAAGAUGGCUCGCUUGUCUAUGACAUACAAAUAGACAAUAUGAGCAUAAAUGACCCAAAGAUAACGUUGGUAGAAGAACAAGGGAAAAGGCAUUCGCAAGUGGAAAUAUUAGACACCCGUAUCGGAGUACUGGCGAGGCCUAGUGCUAGAAUUUUCCCACCAUUGUAUGAUGACCAACUUGCGGUUCAUAUUGGUGCUGAUGUUGGUCCACCAAUCCUUCGUGGGAGAUUGGUGUCACGACCGCUGCCCGACGCUUCUAGUCCAGGUCCCGCUUUACUCCACCGUACUGACGCACGCCUUCCAGUCACUUCUACGCCCAUAUCUGGAUUAGCAUGGCUAUCUGUGGAUGCAUUAUGUGGUUUACAUUAUGAAGUUAUAGUAACUGGUAAUGUCGGCUCCUGGUCAGCUUGGCUAGAGACUCAUGCAGGGGGAGGUGAUGGAGCACGUGUGCUGGUAGGAGUGGAGGGCUGCGUGCUGGAACCGACCGCAGCAGAACUAGCUGCUUUGCAUGCUGGUGCAGCAUAUUUUGACGUUAGGACUACAGAUAACGAUACUGCAGUACUGCGCACGCGACUACCUCAGAUAAGCGUGCCACCUUCAUGCCUGCCCUCUACAUCUUGGGUAGCUGGUAACGAUCUGAGUCCUAACUACGCUCCAUCACACGUGAAUACAUCACCUCCAGACAAUUCACUGUCUAACAGCGCUUCCUGUUUUUAUGCUGGACGGUUCUACGAAGAUGGUGCUCAAUGGAUGGCAGUCGAUUCUUGUCACAUGUGCGGUUGUGUGCACGGAGUGUUGCGGUGUGACCCUGUACGUUGUCCACCUGUGAACUGUUCCGUGCCUACUAUUCAGCCACCGGGUCAAUGCUGUCCCAUUUGCACGAAUUCCACAACAGCGGUUUGGAACGAAUCACACGGUUGCCAUCUCGCGGGCCAGUACCAUGCUCCAGGUUCGUCGUGGCAUCCGUAUCUAGUUCCUGAAGGUUACGACACCUGCGCUGUCUGUACUUGCGAGUUCUCCACGAGACAAGUCAGGUGUCCUCGAGUUAGAUGUCCCCCAUUGAGAUGUUCGGAGAGAGAAGCAUAUCGACCGGACAAGAAAGCUUGUUGCAGAAUUUGUCCAGAGCCGAAAGCGAAAAAGCCUGAGGACGAAACGCCGAAAGACCAGGCUGCUCCUCGCACAGCAGAGGAGAUCCUGGCGGAGGGUGGAUGCAAGUUCCCUGAUGGACCACUUCCUAAUGGCAAGGAAGUCCAUCCCUCUAUACAUUCACACGGCGAACAGAGAUGCGUUACAUGCAGAUGCAAGGACGGGGAACUAACAUGCGUCCGUAAACGCUGCAAUCGUGCGACGUGCGCGCGUCGACGGCGCGGCGACGCAUGUUGCUCUUGCGCACGGACACGUCGCCAGCGCGCGCCCCCGCGCCCCAGCUGAGCGCGCCGGGCCCCGCGCCUCAGGGCAUCGACCCCGGGCCCCGCGCCUCAGGGCCUCGUCCCCGGGCCCCGCGCCUCACCCAGACUGCGUAGGAAUAAGUGAGUGGACGCUUCGCUCUACAGACUGAUAUAUUGUUAUGUACUCGUGCGAUUCGAAUACGCGUUUUAGAACGCGUCCUAUAUUGUAUGUGGACGUGCGUUGUGUCAUUAAUUUCUGUUAAAGAGUUGAAAUUGUUCGCGUAGGGUUAGUAAGUUUCGCAGAUCGAGACGUGAGAAGGUAUUUAGCUUUAAUGAUGAUGGUCUUUCGCUGUAAACUUGUGACAUCACGCAUGUCCACUGAGGAUACCCUGUAUCUUCGUAGCUACGGUGCAACUGAACUGUUCCAUUAGUGAAGUAGGUUUUUAUCAUCUCAUUUAUUUAAUGGUUAUUUAUUUUUGUAAUCACUUAAUACGUAUCCAGUGUUACUUUUACAAAUUCGGUUUAUUUUGCGUCCUAUCCUAAGGUUCGAGCAGUUCAGUGGCAACGCGCUCAUUGCGACUUAUGACAUAGAUGGUGUUCGGCGGUCGACCGCGCUUCGGCUCGGCGUCGAUCGACUGUAGGUUAUUUAUGAAACUCUCUAUUCACUAGUCGAUGAUAAAAGAACAUAAAAAAUUAAAUCUGUAGAUAUAAUAUUAUCAAUUAUACAAUUCUAUUAGAUUCGAUGCUGGGGAUCAUUUAAAAUGAAAAUUUGUGUAUGCUAAUCGGAUCCAAAUCACAUGUAACUGUCAAAUUUUUGUAUUUGUAUAUUACAGCGCCAUCUAUCUUCGUUUUGAUCUAAGGUUUCGAAUUCAAGAAGGUUUGACCGUUGCUUCAUUUUAAUUUAUAUCGUCAAUUUCAUAUAUUAUUGUAGCGUUUGAAGAUAAAAUCAUUAAACAAUAGUUUGUAUAAAAAAAAUAUGAAAAAUAAUAACAAUAUUGUCGACUAGUGAACCGGAAAGUUUUACUCGGAGUUGAAUAUUUACUUACCCACCGGUAUUUUAAUUGGUAUUAUGGGACGUCCCAAAUUUUUAUAGGCGCAUAAUAUUUCCGAUGUUGUACGAGUGAGUCGUACGCUGUGUUGUACGAGCGAGUCGAAAUCUUGAUCGCUGUGUUGAACGCGAGCGCGGUCGAUAUAGAUGUGCCAUAUUUUCUUAAUGUAAAUAUAAAUUAUUGUACCUUUAAUAUUACUUAUGUGCAUAUUUAUUAUACUUUUCUUUUCUUAAUUAACGAUACGGGAAAUAGGUAUUCGAACCAUCACAAACUCGUAUAUGAUCGCCUUGUUUGUGCAUUUGCUUUUAGUUUGUACAAUUGUGUAUUUAUAUCACAACCAUUAGUUACGGAAUUUGUUAUUGCAUGUUAGUAACCUAUCUCUUGUUGCGUAUUCGUCUUUAUAUUGUAUAAUAGAAGCAGCUUCAAGUAAAUUGUCAUAUAUACAAAACACAAUAAUCUAUGUUUCUUUUAAGCGCUAAUUUUAUAUAACGAAGAUUUUGAAGCUAAAAAUCGAGAUUUGACUAAUAUUUUUAUCAUUAUUACGAUUUUUUGAAAGUUGUUUAAAUAUUAUACUUAUACAUUUCUGUCCCGAUUGCAAGAUAAAAUUGUAAUAGAUUGCGAACCGAGCAAAUGUUAAAGCUUAGUAUUAAUUUAAGAACAGCGCCAUCUACCUAUACAAACGGAACAAGGUGUCUAAUACUAAACAUAAUACGUUUGUAAUCAUUACGAAUUGGAGUCGCAUUCGAUUGUUUUCCUUGCUUAGGGCUCUUCUUAGAUAACAUCGUACAUUUAUUUAUCAGAGAAAAACUGUAAAUACUACUUAAUAAUUGCUAUGGUUUUAAAUAUCUUUAACAUUGUAUACAAUUUUAUAUUGAUAACAAUACAAAAUGUACCGAUUAAAAAAAUAUUAGAUUAAGUUUAUAAUAGUUUGUAUGAAAUUUCGCGACUAGUUUUGUUUAAUUACUAGGUUAAUUAUUAGUUGCGUAAUUAAGGAAGCUAGUCCAAAUAUGUUUUGAUGUGAUGGAGGUGAAUGCCAUGUAGGUACAUAGAAUAUGUUCUAUCUUAGUGAAAUACCCCGGAUAUAACAACAUUUAAGACUCUGUAUCAAAAAUAUACGAUAACAGUUAUUUGGUCUUUAUAAUUAUUCUAAAUAGAGGUCUAGGCUAGCUCUGUAACGCGUUGCUAUUGUAAUAGUUGAAGCGAGAUAGAUGUGCACUCUUAUAACGGUGUUUCGCUUUAAUAAAAAAUAUAACAACUCUUUUAAAAGAUCACGACAAGGCCUAUGUAAAUUUUGAAACAUAACUUCAUAGGGGUAACUGUAAUAUUUUCAAAAAGAUUGUAAAAAAACUAUGUUUUAAAUUUAUUAUUUCGUUGUGGGUUCUAGUCCAUCAAAAUUGUGAGGGAAACGUAUGAUACACUAUUGUAUUGGCUACAUGUUAAAAGUUUUUUUGACAUUAUGAGAAUAUCACUCGACUAAGGGAGUUAUCUUGAUUUUUUUCUUUAUUCUAACAAUAGAAAAGUAGUCACCUAUGGCUUGCAAAUAACAUAACUAAUAGCCAUAAAGGAUACUAUGAUAUCGCUUUUUGCAUUGUUUUCUUUUUAAUAAUUAUUAGUAUAAAUUUCCCUGCUACAUAGUUUCGAGAAAUAAAUAUUAUUGUUAGAACGAUAUAAAAAUAUCAAUUGUCUUAUUACAUAUCAGCAGUUUUGGUAUAAAAUGCCUAAUGGUUAUUAUGUGCAGAAUACUUUGUAAAACUUCAUACAGUUUUAUAUAUGAAAUAAAUUACCUGUG